AAAAAAGAGCCGCUAAUUACCCCGAGACGAUCGACACCGCGGAGAACCUCUCUCUUCGAACACAAGAGCUUCGUCGUUUAUCCCGAAGCCGCGCGGCGAGUUCUCUGUGGAAAAAAGUCAAGCGUCAGCGCGAUAUGUAGUCGUUAGUCCACUGGCGGCGCAUCAACCCUUCCUCUUUCACUCGGCCGCAGGGAAACGAGGAUGUGCACGCGAAUAUUAUUCUUAAUAGCCACGCGCUGCGAAAUUAAUAAUCCCACAACGAGCUGUAAUUUUCGCGAAUAUUAAACGCGAGACGGCGUGUCGCUGGAGAUUUUCACCUUCGAGGAAACGAGCUUUGACGCGCUUUCCUCGCGAAUCUAUUAUUUCUCGCGCGGGAUCUUUUCCUCGAGCAACUCGCCAGAACGGAUUCCUGCGUGCGCUGCAUUGUUGCUCGGUGUCUUUGGCUUUUUUUUUUUAGAGAGAUGUUAUCGGAAGUCAGAAAUGCGCGAUUUGUUAGCGGCUUAAGGAAGUUGAUGACGAUCGACUAUAGUGAGAUCGGUUGGACUUCCUGGACGGCUUUGGAGUUACGCUCGUUUAUUAAUUGGGUUCGGAGACUUUUACGUUCGAGAAGCCGAGGGAAGCUUUUGAUUAGCCUUGAGAUUUCGGAUCUAUAUUGCGGAGCAAAUUGAAAGUUGAUGCCCUUACGGGUGAAGUUGAUGUAGGCUUUUGUAAGGCGUAGACCCUCAAAAUUUGAAAGUAAUGAACUAAUGAAAAUUUGACAUGAUUGCAAUGUUAGCCUCAUUGAGAGUCGUAUCUCGAGUUUUUUUUAUUAGUUGCUAAUUAUCACGAAUGGCAUAAGAGGUGACUGCGGUAAAGCGUAAACUUUUAAAGCUCGCGUAUAAAACAUGAAAGCAAGAGUGUAAACACUCUUAUUUUCUAGAAAAGCAAGCUCUUACACGAAAUCACCGGCAUGAAAGCCGCGUCUCAGUUUUAAAGUCAACAAACCGCGAGGCAAGAAAUUGGGGAGAAAUCGGCGAGAGUCGAAACGACUCCUCAUUUCAGACGCCGUAUUUUUAAUACCAAAUAAACUUGUUUAUUCCUAAUGCGACUUAAAUAAACAGUAAUUUUCACGCGCGGUUUUGUGAGUCGUGAAAUUAUCGCACUUAACAUUUCUCUAAAAUUCAUAUACCAGCAAUCAGUAGGUUCGCUUCUCGAUGACUUUUAAUGCCAUAAUUUACAACCACGACGCUCUUAAAUACUGCCUGAACACCGUAAUUACAUUUAGAAAUCGCGUAUCGAGAGCUUAAUCUUCGAAAGCGAUCCCGCCGCACAAAACCUUGCAAAAUCUUUCAUCCCUAAAAGUAUUUCGCAAACCCGUUAAAAACAGCCCAGGCAAAGCCUGUGACAACGUCGAGCCAAGCACGUAGACAGCGCGUAACAUGUAAAUAUAGCUCCGCUGCAAUUAUCACACGCACGCGGGAUCCCAAAACAUUGCGCAAGAUGAAGAAUGAAGAAAAAAAGACCGGAAGCGUGAAAUAAGAUUCUCCUGUCCUCUCUUGCAGCGCGUGUGUCGCAAAAGUCGAAUUAUUUCGGGACGCAGGCAAGAAUUCCGCGUAAGAGGUGAGCGUUCGCUUCACGCACCGGCUGCGAGAGUGACGAGCAACGAAAGCGAAACCGACGCCGCGGAGACAAUUAUCCUACUCCCCGCGCAUCGAUGUACGAGAUGACAAUGCCGCGAUGCAUGACUCUCUCUCUCUACAUACAUAUAUAUAUAACGAGCUGCCUCGACUCUGGGUGACUCCAGUGAGGACUUGGACGUUGCGUUGGAUUGUUUGGAAAACUUUUGCUGUUGGGACAGUUUGGAAUGAUCGGCGAGAUGAAUUCGAUAUCGGCUCUGGUGGUAGCGUUAUUGGUGGUCUCGGUGUCCUGCAUUCCCAAGUUCGACGACGGAGGAUUCAAACCGAGCUCGAUCGACUACACGCAAAAGGCGGGAAAAGCUCAGGACCAGAUAGCGCUGGCGAGUCAGUCGAAAUCGCGCAGCGACGGCGACGUCAAGACAGCCAACGACUUGAGCGAUCGCAAUCAGGAGCCGCGAUUCGGCUUCACCAACGUCGGCGACAACACCGGUUACGGAGUCUCUAGUUACGCGCCGGCGAAAAUCGAUUUAGGAGGCCUCCUCCUCGGAGCCGUGAUCGGCAUCGGGACGAUCCUGGUGAUACCCAAGUUGCUCUACGUCCUCUCCGGAUCCUACGGAGCUUACGCUAGAAGCGACGACGGCGGAAUAGCCCAGGUGAUGACGAAGCUGGACGACGCCCUGGCCCGUCACGGCAUCGACACCACGACCUGCAUGCAACGAGUCGCUUGUUCGUACUCGAAGCAGGCAGCCGAGGCGGUGAAAAACUCGUCGACCGGAGAGAACGACGUCGACUCGGUCUCCACCCUGGACAAGCUCGUCGACACCCUGAGCUCGAACCAGAUUCUCCGUACCGCGCUACAAGGUACCGCUAUUCAAGAGGCUAUGGAAGCCGGCCGCAACGGGCAGAACUGCGCCAGAACCUAUCAGCAGUGCGGAUUUUCCACCGAGACGAUGCUCUCGUUGCUGGCCAAGGUGGCGGCGACGACGGCGGCUAGUAACGCCGGGAAGACUGCGUCGAGCGCAUGAUUUUAACGAUUGAUGUAACUAUUGUCAGGUAACGCUGAGAGAAUUUUUAACGCAACAGUCAGCCCAUCAUAGAGUUUUCAGACAAAUAUAGUUCAUAUACCAAGUUCCAGUUUAUAGUAAGUACUGAUAUAUCAAGAUACGUGCUAACGCAAGACCUUUCGAAAAAUUCUCUCAGUGUGAACGUCGGCAUGAUUUUUAAAUUUUAAACUACAAGCUAUCACUCAAAGAAAACAUAAAGUAUGUUUAAUGUAAUUAAGAGAGAAUUAUUUUAUACGUGUAGAUUUAUCACAGUCUGUUAUAUGUAAUGAACACGCAAUUUAAUAUAUACUCAGUAUAACAACGCUACCUUCAAACCUGCAGAUGCUUGUAGGUGCUGCCAUGCAAGAGAAACCUAAAAAUACAUACACUCUGUACUUGCGAAGUUCUCAAUAUUUAUAUGUAUCUCGCAAUGAAAGCUAAAUACACUUCUUAAUAUUCGUGUAAAAAAGUCUGUGCAAUAAUUUAUUGUAGUUUGUAGUACUAUUUUACAUUCGGCAUUCAGUACAAAGCAAAUUGCACAACUGUCGCUUAAACGAUCAAAA